AUGAAAUGGUUAAUUAGCUUUUGGAUUAUACUAUUAUCAUUUAUGUUAGCAUUGGUGUUUGGACGAAGAAUGUAUGAAUGCGCUGAUCAUUUAUGUGACAUACAACCGGCAACACCGGAACGACCUAAUAUUGUAAUCCUUAUGGUCGAUGAUUUAGGUUAUGGUGAUUUACAAAGUUAUGGACAUCCAAAUCAGGAAGUUGGUGAAAUUGAUGAUAUGAUACGUGAAGGUGUACGAUUUACGCAAGCUUAUUCGGCUGAUAGUAUGUGCUCACCAAGUCGAGCUGGUUUUAUGACUGGACGUUUACCAAUUCGAUUAGGUGUAACAGGUGGAGCACGAGUAUUUCUACCACAAGAUAUCGGUGGUUUACCAAAGGAAGAGGAAACUAUUGCAGAAAUGUUGAAACGAUAUGGUUAUGUAACUGGUAUGAUUGGUAAAUGGCAUUUGGGUAUUAAUAAAUAUAAUUCAACUGAUGGUACAUUUUUACCAUCACAACGUGGUUUUGAUUUUGUUGGUUUAAAUUUACCAUGGACAAAUGUAUGGCAAUGUGAUACGUCUAAGGAAUUUGUUAGUAGUCCUAAUGGAACAUUAUGUUUUUUAUAUGAUGGUGAUUUCAUCGUUCAACAACCAAUACGUUUUGAACAUUUAACUGAAGCUUUAGUUAACGAUUGGAAACGUUUUUUACGGCAACGAAUGGAAACUGAUAUUCAAAAGAAGCCAUUUUUUUUCUAUUUCUCAUUUCCACAUGUGCAUAGCUCACAAUUUGCUAAUAAACGUUUUCGACACAGUUCCGUACGAGGUUUAUUUGGUGAUAAUAUUAAUGAAAUGGCUUGGGCUGUUGGACAAGUUUUACGUAGUUUACGAAAUGAAAAAAUUGAAAAGCAAACAUUGGUGAUAUUAAUGUCAGAUCAUGGACCACAUCAAGAGCUUUGUCUUAAUGGUGGUAGUACGGCUGGUUUAAAAGGUGGCAAAUCCAAUAGUUUUGAAGGUGGAUUUAGAAUACCAUUUAUUUCUUGGAUGCCAGGAACGAUUCGCUCUGGUGUUAUAUCACACGAAGUUAUAUGGUCACUUGAUUUAUUUCCAACAUUUGAACAACUUGCAUCAAAAGGAAGAAAACGAAAACGAAGAAAUGUUUUCUACGAUGGAAUCGAAAUUUGGCACCAACUUAAAGGUUUAUCAUCAAAUUCUAGAGGAAAUCGUGUAUUUGAUGCACCAUUAGCUCUUGAAAGACCAAUUUUCUACUAUUGUAAUACACAUUUGAUGGCAAUUCGUUAUGGAAAUCAUAAAGUGCAUUUUAAAACAUCACCAAUUUUCAAAAAUAGCACUGAUGAUCCACUAAUGAAUAAAUUAUGUCCAGGUGGAAAACCUGUCGAUGAUUGGUAUGUAUCACAACGAUGUCCAGAAGAUCAAUUACAUAUUCAUAAUCCACCACUUGUUUACGAUCUACUUGUUGAUCCAUAUGAAAUGUAUCCAAUGCCACAGAAUGAUCAAAAAACACUGGAAAUUAUGAAUGAUGUGAUAAGAAUACGUGAUAAACAUGUACAAACUCUUUCACCAGUACCACAACAAUUAGGUAAUUUUUCCAUGGCAGUUUUACCAUGUUGCAAUCCGCCUCGUUGCCGUUGUGAUUUCUUAUCAAAUGAACGGAUGCCACGUGAUCAUAUCAUAGAUAAUAAUGAUAAUUGGGCAACUAAUAUUCUCAAUGAUAUUUCAAUGAAUAGUUUGACAAUCUCACGAAAUGAGCGAGAAAUUAGCUAUAUAUUGAAUAAAACAUCUGAUCAACAACAACAACAACAACGGCAACAAGAAGAACAAGAAGAAGAAGAAGAAGAAGGACAACAACAACAACAACAACAACAACAACAACAACAACAACAACAACAACAACAAGGACAACAACGACGAUAA